AUGAGCGCGAUCAGCGAUGACGAUGAUAGCCCUCCACAGCUGGUAGAUGUGACCGCUCCUGAACAGCCGGAGGAACAGCCCAAGACUCCGACAGACCAAAGCCUCCCUAGAGUCCCCAUAACAAUAGUAACAGGUACUUUGGCAGCUACACUUGUUCGAUAUGACUUUAAUGCUCUAACAAGGUACCUUUUUCUCCCAGGCUACCUCGGGGCAGGCAAGACUACUUUGUUAAACUACAUCUUGAAUGAAAGACAUGGGAAGAAAAUAGCAGUCAUUCUUAACGCUGUCGAUAUCGAGAAGUCAAUGACUGUGAACCAAGAGGGUCAGCAAGUUGAAGAAUGGCUUGAGCUAGCAAAUGGUUGUAUUUGCUGCUCGGUAAGGGAUGCUGGAGUUCUGGCCAUUGAAUCUCUAAUGAACAGGAGGGGAACUUUUGAUUAUAUCCUACUUGAGACCACCGGACUAGCUGACCCCGGGAACAUUGCUCCUUUAUUUUGGGUUGACGAUGGGCUGGGCAGCUCCAUCUAUCUUGACGGGAUUGUCACACUGGUCGAUGCAAAGAACAUUAAUAAGCUAUUGGAUGAACCAUCUUGCGAAGAAGAAAAGCAAGGUAUUCACGAAGGAAGCAUAUUAACAACCGCCCACUUACAAAUAUCACAUGCAGAUGUGAUCAUUCUCAAUAAGACCGAUCUAGUCUCAAGCGAUGAACUUGUAAAGGUGAAAGAUAGGAUUACCUCCAUUAACGGUCUGGCUACGAUCCAUGUAACGGACCAUAGCAAGAUACCGAGUAUCGAGGGCACGGUUCUUGAGCUGCACUCUUAUGACAAAUUAACAACCGUAGAUUUCUCCACCAAAGGCCAGAGUCGACUCGACGCUAGAAUUUCUACACUUGCAUUCACAAUCUCGGAUAUAACAGAGGAUAAGGUUGCGCAUAUCGAUGAAUGGCUGCAAGCCGUGCUCUGGAAUCAAGAAUUCCCAAAACAUAAACACAGCCCUGGGGAGACUAUCACAGACUUCGAAAUCCAUCGACUCAAGGGUAUUCUUUAUCUAACAAAUGGAAAAACAAGGAUAAUCCAGGGUGUAAGGGAAGUCUUUGAAAUUACAGAUGCAGAAGAUAGCCAGCCAACAUCUAAACCUGAAUCUAAAAUCGUUCUGAUCGGACGUGGGCUUGGAUUGGACAGCUCAGCAUGGCAGAGGAGCCUCCUUUCAUAUUUAGAGAGGUGA